UUGAGAGAGAAAAUGGAGACGUGGACGGGCGGGCGAGGUAGGUUUUGUGGGCAGGCCGCCGGCCACCUGUCUGCGUGUUAGAGAUGCAGAGGCUCCCAGCAGCAUCCACGCAUGCUUCUGUGUUGCUACGCGUGAUCUUCUCCGUAAAGCCAGAAGAGGCCGUUUGAAGGAGAAACCCAUUCCCCAUCUCGCCCGCCCUCUCACAAGCGUAUAUAUGUAUGCGAUGGAGGACUGUAGGAGUGAUGGUGUUGCUGCAGUUCUUAAUUGCAGAAGCUUUCGACCGCACUCAGUUUCAUCUCUUGCUCAUCUCAUAAUGGCCUCUACAAAGUUCAAGAAGGGAGACGGAGAAGGGGACGUUGUGAAGGAGACGAGGGUGGAGACAGUGGAUUUCCAGUCGCAGGCCGGCCAAGGGGGUACCACGAAGGAGCCCGUACAAGUGGUGCACCAGCAUCACCCCAGCAGUGCUACUGGUGGCUCUACCGGAGGAGUUGUGAUCAGCGCCGCCUCCGCGGUGGCCCGCUCUAUAGAGUCUGCAAAGGAGAUGCUCACCGGAAAAGGAGCCGGCGACGACGCUAAUUGACCACGUCAGUACUGUCUUCAAGAAAGUAGGCUACUUUUUUCUUUGUUGAGAUGUUAAUUAGUGCCACAAGCAGAUUACCUCCUCUCUGUCUCCAAGAUUAACGUCGUUGCGUGGAGAGACUUAUUACUUUUUAAGUGGAUCUUAAGUUGUUCGAGAUGGCACGAAGUCCAUUAUAAGAUUAUUUCUAUACAAAUUUCUCCGCAUUUUCAGAGCGAGAGAUUCUGUACAAUUAGAGUUCGCAUCAACGAGCCAUUUCAUCAGUAACUGGCCGAUCAGUUACACCAAAUUAACCCAAAGAAAAUUCCCAUU